CAAAGGGUGACUUUGUCGAUAUGGAGAUAUGGACUCGACCCGCACCAUUCCCGAGCUCAAAUCUGCCUUCAUCAGGGCCCAGGUGAGGGUCCUGUCUGAGAGUCUUCAGCCAGCGGACAAUUGGAGGGAUUACGCGACGCAGCCAUCGGAAGAGGACCUGAGCGAUAAGGUGGUUGAGGAUGUCAUACAAAAGUUAAAUACUGCUUUGAAGCAGCAUAAUCGCAUCGUUUACUCGUCGCAAGCGAUACACCAUGUCGCGCAACAGAUUGCAAGCCUUUACUGGUCUUCUGUGCAUCAUGAGACGCGCAGCUUAGGCUCUUAUGACAGGGGUGUUGAGAAAACAGUCGACUUGUCAAAUCAUAUGAAUCUUACAAAAUUGCCCGUUGAGUUAGAAGUUCAUUCUGCGACUGAGGAAGAGUGCCAGAGGUAUCUGCGGCUUCGUGAGCGUCUUGUUGACCUUGACAACCGGCGACAACAACGACAGCGGCGCUUAGAUCAACUGCGACGACUACAAGGGCUAUUGAAGCCAUUCCAUGAGCCACAGAAGAAUAUCCAGCCCAACCUCAUCACCAGAGAUGGAGAGCUCGUACAGGAGUUGGAUAAGAUGAGAAUGCUCGUUGCCCGAGUUGGAGGUCGAAUCGGCCAGAAGAAAAGAACGAGUGAUGGACAGGAAAAAGAAGCCUCGUACGAACUCGGGUCUGAUAAUAAGCUGGCCGAACUGCUUGAUAUGAAUUGAUGAAAGAUGUCUUGUUUAGAUGAUACCUAUUCUUCGUGCAUGAAGAUUUAAUGCUCAAAUUACCCAUAAACCAUCUUGGGAUAUACUCUUCCACUCCGCAGGUCCUCACAUAAAUACACCGCAACUGUCAUAAGCUGGAUAUAGUAAAAGAAUACUGUAUGUAUAGGUGCAAGGGGGGAGAGUGAGAUUUAGUCACAGCAGCUGCCAGCAACAGUGAGUAGACUACAAUCCAAACAAAAUUGUUUUCUUCUCGGCGUUUCUCCCACCUCAAAACACUUUCUUUCUCUCACUUUCUCUCACUCCCCCACAUCCAUCCUCC